CCUCAUUUUCCACCGCCACAUACCCCACCCCCUCACCCCCAAUUUCUUCCCGCCGGUGAACUCACCGGAAAAUCCUGUUACUCUGAUCCAAUCCUCUACUGAUAUCACGGAAGAUUGGAUUUAACUCGAAAAAAAUAAAUUAAAAUAAAAUAAAAUUGGGAUUCGAGAAGGUUCUCUAUGGGUGAAGAAGUGACAAUUAUGGAUGGUGAUGGUUUCGCCGGAGAUGAUAAUCGUGUUGUCGAGUGGGAAGAUGGACUUCCGAGUUUUGACGAUCUGACGCCGUUAUCUCAGGCUUUAAUCCCGCCGGAGCUAGCGUCGGCGUUUAGAAUUACGCCGGAGCCGGUGAAGACGAUGACGGAUGUGAAUCGUGCUUCGGAGAGUGCUUUUUCGUCUCUCCGUGCAGGACAGUUACAUUUGUUGUCGGAGAAGUAUAAUUUUAAUGAAGGAAGGAAUGGAGAUAGAAAUCAUGAGAAUGAUGAGGUGGAUCUGACAAGAGAUGGAUCCGAGUCGAGGAAGACACGGAGAAUUGACCCGGAGAUGGUUACUGAAGAGGCUGAUUCGGCAUUGAGGAAUGAGAAUUGUGGAGAUGAUAAUUCAGCUAAGAUGCAGAAGCGACCGCGGUUAGUCUGGACGCCACAGCUGCAUAAGCGAUUUGUGGAUGUUGUGGCGCAUUUAGGGAUUAAAAAUGCUGUGCCGAAGACGAUUAUGCAGCUGAUGAAUGUGGAAGGACUAACAAGGGAAAAUGUUGCUAGUCAUUUACAGAAGUAUAGGUUGUAUUUGAAGAGAAUGCAAGGGUUAUCGAAUGAGGGUCCUUCGUCGUCUGAUCAUUUGUUCGCUUCCACGCCUGUGCCACAGAGUUUGCAGCAGUCCGGUGGUAAUGGACACAGUGGUAAUGGUCAUAGUAGUAAUGGACAUAUGCCAAUGCCUAUGCCUAUGCCAAUGAUGUAUCCGCCGCAAAUGGUGCCAAUGCCUAUGAUGGGAAUGUCAGGACAUGGGUUUCAUCAUCAGUAUAAUAUGGGGCAACCGCGGGACUGGUCUGGAAAUAAAUUUGGUUCUUAUCAUCAUGUUGCUCCUGGUGAAAAAUAGCUGUAGACACAAAAAGGAGGGUUGAACACUGGAUUGUUCGUCAGAAAUCUCAUUUGGUGGAAUGCAAACUAGGAAUUCCAGUUAAACCCUUUAGGCCUUUUUCUUACUACUUGUUUAGAUUUGGUAGAUUUAUAGGUAAAAAGUUUCAUAAAUUGCUCUAAAGUUCUUAGAGCUAGGUCAUUUCUGAUUGUAGCUUCUUAUUCAGAAAGGAGCUUUAAGACAUAAUACAUGAUAAAAUUGUCGUUUUGAUCAUACUUUUCUUGAAAAGUAGUACAAAUAACGGGAUUCUCUUUUUCUUUUUGUGUUGGUAAGUAUUGUAACGUAUCUUUUGGUGUGCCGAUGUGUUUUUAAUAGAUGAAUUGACGGCAAAACCAGUUUUUUUCCUAGAAGUGGGUGUAGACGAUGUAGGAGUGACUGCUGACUCUUACAUCUUCUUUAUUACCCCUUUUUGGUCGAUUGCAAAAAUUUUACUAUGGCAAAAAGCAAACUACUUCUAAGAAUUUUCAGGCCAUAGAACAUUUUAUCUGGCAGUUAGAGUGGCGAUAUAGUAUGAGUCGAACUUUUUAAUAAAUUAUUGGCGUGUAACGGAUAUCUGGUGGUCAUACACUGAUCUUCAUUGUCCUGGAAGUGUAUUGUUGCUGAUAAAAAAUCCUAAUCUAAUUUCUGUAGCUGCAGAAACUAAGAUACGAAAAGAAUAGUUUAUUUGCUGAUCUCUUGAAAUUGAUGCAAACUAAGGUGGAUGGUCAAGUAAGAACAUAUAAUGCCUUUUCUGCGCCACAACCAGCACUUCAAGAGGGAUCUACCCGUUCUAACUUUGUAAUGAAGCUAGUAAAGCAAAAAAAAAUUCCUUCUUUUUAGCCUCUAACAUAUUGUAGCGGUAGCUGUUGUAACACUUUAGUUGAUAUUGAUGUCCUUGCGAUCAUAUUUCUGCAUUCUAGAAAUGUUUCUGCUGUAUCUAAUGUUCUACCAGAUAUACAUUAUGAGUUACUUGUUUCUAUUGGAUCUCAAGUGUUACACUACAUAUGGCAUUUAAUGAUAAGUGUUCGCAUUUUGCUUA